AAAUUUGUGAUUCUGUAAAAUAAAUUUAGACAAAGAAUUUGGUUCAUAUAAUUACGAAGCUUACGAAAGAAAGAUCUUUUUUUAUCAAUAGUUCAGAAUAAAUAAUUAAAUAAUUUGAUUAUUAGUCAGUGAAGAUAAGAAAAAGUCAUCUUAAUUAAGAACAAAGAAUUGAGUUUAAGAAAAAAAAUGAAAUCACUGUGCUUCGUAGUAGGCACUUUUUUGAUUGGAUUUGCGUUUUUAUCGCAAGUUCAAGGCAGAGGUUUGAUAGGUAGCUCACAAUGUACUUGGGGACCAUCAUAUUGGUGUUAUAAUAUAACUAACGCGAAAAAUUGUAAUGCAGUCCGCCAUUGUAUUCAAACAGUUUGGGAAAAACAAACGGUUUCGGAAGAUAAUGACUCAAUAUGCAAAAUAUGUCUUGAUAUGGUAAAACAAGCCAGAGAUCAGUUAGAAAGUAAUGAAACGCAAAGUGAUAUAAAAGAAGUGUUCGAAGGUUCAUGUAAUUUAAUACCAUUAAAACCAGUUCGAAAAGAAUGUAUAAAAUUUGUAGAUAAUUUUGCUCCAGAAUUAGUAGAAGCUCUUGCUUCUCAAAUGAAUCCACAAGUUGUGUGUUCAGUAGCAGGAUUAUGUAACAAUGCAAACAUAGACAAAAUGCUUGAAGAGAUGGUUACAGAAAGACCUGAAGAAUUCGUUUCAACUGUAAAACCAACAAUGAUAGUUAGAAAGCAAAGUUUAUCAUGUGAUGAAUGUUCGAAGGUUGCUGACAUUAUAGUUCAAAAGUUCCAAAAGAUUAGUCGUGAUGAUUUCUUAGAACACAUGCUACAUGCUUGUGGUUUAUUUAAUUCAUUUUCAGAUGCUUGCGCUUAUGUUGCAAUUACCAACUUUGAAACAAUUUAUGCACAAAUUCAAAAAGAUAUUAGUGUAAAGAAUAUUUGCCAUUUAAGUGGAGUUUGCGCUGUAUCAUAUUAUCAUCAGCAUGAAGAUAAUGUUGGAGAAAUUGACGUUAGACCACUGUCUUCAAUUGGAGUUGUGCCUCAUGAUUCUGUAGAAAAAUUAAAUGAUGAUGAUGUUGCUUGUGAAUUAUGCGAACAAUUAAUACGACAUAUGAGGGAUGUUUUAACAGCAAAUACUACCGUUUCAGAAUUUAAACAAGUUUUAGAAGGAAUUUGUAAACAAACAAAAAAAUUCAAAGAUGAAUGUUUAAGCAUUGUUGAUCAAUAUUACGAUGUAAUUUAUAACACAUUAGUAAAUGAUUUGGAUCCAAAUGGAGCUUGUUUCAUGAUUGGCGUUUGCAAAAAGGGGUCACCUACUUUGGAUUUCACAAAUCGCCCGAUAAUGCCGUUAUUACCGUCAUCACUUCCAUCUAAAUAUCAAAGAGAAACAAAACCAAAGAAAUUACUUGGUGCAGAUGAGCCAGUUUUCCUAAAAGAAGAAAUUCAAGCUAUGCAAUUACCAAUAGAUAAAUUAAUGGGUGCACCUAACGCUGCCGAUUUAAUUGAAAAUGGGGAAUUAUGUACUUUCUGCGAGUACUUUUUACAUUUUGUUCAAGAAGCUUUAUCGACACCCUCAAAUGAAGACAAAAUUAAGAAAAUUGUUGGUAAUACUUGCGAUAAAUUACCAGGUGCAGUCCAAAAUGAAUGCCACAAUUUUGUUGAUAUGUAUGGUGACGCGGUCAUCGCUUUAUUGAUACAAGGUAUUGAUCCCAGUCAAAUAUGUCCAGAAAUUAAAUUAUGCCCAAAAAAUGUAAAAGACAUGGAAGUUAUAUUGCCAAAUCCUGUUGAAGUAAAUCACGAGGUAGAAAAUAAUAAACCAACAUGCCCAUUAUGCUUAUUUGCAGUUACCGAAGCCAAACAACUGAUAAGUGAUAACAGAACAGAGGAACAUGUGCAAGAUGUUUUAAAUAAUUUAUGUUCGCAUAUGAAGAAAAAUUUGAAACAGGAGUGCCUUGAUUUCGUGAAAACUUAUUCAAAAGAUUUAAUUGAAAAAUUACUUAGCAAUGUGACACCACAAGAAAUUUGUGAAUACCUUAAACUUUGUCAGGAUAUUGAAGAAACAAUUGAUAUACAAAUAAUUGAUAAUUCUGAUCAUGAAAUUCAAACAAACGAAAUAUUAGAUAAAACCAUAGGUGGUAUCGAUUACAGUUAUAACAUAGGAAACAUCGAAUGUACGUUAUGCAAAAAAAUUGUAAAACGAGCUGAAUCUGAACUAGUCAAUACAAAUAAAACCAAAGAAGAUAUUAUUAAAGCUUUAGAAAAAGCAUGUGAACAAAUACAUCAAAUUAAAAAAGAAUGUCCAAACUAUAUAAAUAAGUUUGGAAAUAAAAUUGCUGAUUUAAUUUUAGAAGAAUUGGCACCUGAGGAAAUUUGCCGACAAAUGUUACUUUGUUCAACCGAAGAAGAUUCAAAUAUAGAUUCUUCAUUGAAUGUUGAAAUUGUAUCGAAAGCAAUUGAAUAUGAUGAUCAAUCAUCUCCAUUGAAUGGUGGCCAAGAAUGCGUUUUAUGUGAAUUUAUCAUGGCUAAAUUAGAAAAUGAAUUAAAAAAUAAAAAAACUCAAGAUGAAAUAAAAACGACUGUUCAUAAUAUAUGUAAAAAAAUGCCAAAAACUGUUGCAUCAAAUUGUGAUAAAUUCAUUGACAAAUAUAGUGAUUUAAUAAUUGCACUUAUUGAUACUAUGCCACCAAAAGAAAUAUGUACAAGAAUAAAUCUUUGUUUUUCACAUGAAUUUCAUGUUGACGCAAUUGAAGAAAUUACAGAAUGUGGUGUUUGCCAUGGUACUGUAUUAGCUUUAUAUCCAUUAAUUAAAGAAAAUUCUGAUAUGAAUGAAGAAGAUAUUAUUAUUGAAGCUUGCAAUGAAAUUCCAGCAAAAUAUUAUGGAAAAUGUUCAGAUUUGAUUGCAUAUUAUGGUGAAAGCAUUUUCAAUUUAAUUAAACGUAAUACUGAUCUUUCAAUAAUUUGUCAAAAUAUUGGUAAAUGUUACGUAGAUGAAAAACCAUUACAAUCUUAUCAUAAAAUUGGUGGUAAUAUUAUGAAAAAUCGUAAGAAACGUUCAACAAAUGAAAAUACAAUUGUUGGGGCAAGUAGAUGUACAUGGGGACCAUCUUAUUGGUGUGCCAAUGAAAAGAAUGCAGAUGAAUGUAACUCUAGAUCAUGGUGUGUAGAGAAAAAAGCUGGAUUUGCUGCUGCUUAAAAACUCUAUAUUUUUCUUAUAUAUUUAAUCUUUCUCUUAUUUAGAAAGUACCUAUGCAUUCAUAUUUUUUUUUAUAUAUAUUUACUGAAUAUACUUUUAAUUUUUAAUUAA